ACCGCGAGCUCACGUGACCACAACUCCUCCUCACCCAUCAUGGCGGACGUGCGCUUCCCGCCGCUCCGAGCCGCGGACGAUUUCGUUCUCGGCGUGGCGCGGUUCGGGGCGCCGGACAUGAGCGACCCGGCGAGGUGGAACAACAGGAUCAUCAACAACCUGCUGUACUACCAGAGCAACUACGCCGCCUCCAUCGUGGCCGUCAUGCUGCUCGUCGGGUACAUGCGCCCCCUAGAGAUGAUGAUCGGUGGGGCGGUGGUGGCCAUCGUCUUCCUGGCCUUUGUCCUGGCCUCGGAGAACCGCACCACCGUGCGCCGCUUCAAGCGCAACCGGCCGGGCUUGGCGGUGUGCGCGGUGCUCGUGGCCAGCGCCAUGCUGCUGCACCUGCUCGGGGGAAUCCUGGUCUUUGUCUUCGGCAUCACCUUCCCGCUACUCUUGGUGCUCAUCCAUGCAUCGCUGCGUUUGCGCAACCUCAAGAACAAGCUCAGCAACAAGAUGGAGAACAUCGGCCUGAAGCGCACGCCCAUGGGGCUCUUGCUGGAGGCGCUGGGCCAGGAGUCGGAGGCCGGCUCCUAGGCCUUUUCGGGGCGGUGCAGGCGUGUCGCGGGGACGGGCAUCGGCGUGGAAGCGCAGCAGCCGCAGGCAGAGGCAAACCGCCCCCCUCCCACCCCCUCACCACCCCCGUACGGAUCCUUGCUGCCCCUCCUCCCGAGGGAAUCUAUGACCCCUCAUUCACCAGAGCUCUAGACCAUCUCUAAGUGGGCUGGUGGGAAUGGACAACUCUAAAACUAAUAAUGUGUGUAGGGAAAGAGAUGUCCAACGUUGCGUCCUGGUUCGCCCAUUAAAAACGGUUAUUACGUUCUCUUAACGUGUAAGGUGUUCGCAGCCAAUAUUAUUAAUAAUUAAUGGUUUGGGUUUGCCCAAGUUGUGAUGUUGCCAAGUUUUUGUCAUGAAACCCUCCACCACCCAACACAACUAAAUAAAUCAAAAUGUCAUGCAUUACAAGCGUGUAACGCGCUCAUUAUUAUUGCUCACCGAUAACGGCUACAUUUUCUCCAGAAUUGUUCAAUUAGUACCACGUUGCAGGAAGUCGAUGUUCAUUGUCCUGUGAAUGUGGAUAUGGCACCACUGGCUAAAAUCUGUGAACAGAGAUGACCACCGACCAUUGCUUCAGCAGAGAGACUUUGGUCUUUUGAUUGAUUCGGCUUAUUGCGUAAACUGGUGCUGGAUAGCAUCUUGCCACCGAGUUACUGGGUCAAUGGUCCAGUUCCCCCUGCUGUCCCAAGUGUUAUCAUGUGAAACAAAAGCUGUAAGGGACAGACUAAAAACACCUUUAGAAGCCAUUUAAAAAGCCAGGCCACUUUGUGAGUGUAACCUCUCCCCCCUAUCAUAACAUUGCCUUCAACUAAAAACGAUGAAUAACCCUCUCUGUGUAACUAUUCCACCCAGGUCGCCAUUGAAAUGUGUGUUUUGGGACACCCCUUGGUUAAAGAUAAGACUAUAGAUCCAAUAAUACGUUGUCAUGAAUAAGAGACCAAAUUUCUCUGGGUACUAUCGUACAGGGAGUCCCCGAUAUACGCCGUCUCGAUAUACGUCGUUUCGCACUCGCAACGCUGGCUUUUUGAGGACCGCAACGUAACGUUUCCCCGCUUUUCCGUCGUCUUUGACUCCGUUCGAGCUGAGUCGAAAACAUUGUGCGUGGGGGGGUGCGUAGCGGUCAGUGCUUACGCUGCGCGACGAGCCCGGUGAUCCGACAUCGAUUCCCGCUCACCAACAACACCAGUGACGGUGACGAUUAUUGUUUUCGAUGAUAAUUUUCGACUUGACGAAGCUGAACUUGGCUUUGUGUGUGUGUGGGGGGGGGGGUCGUAGAUGUACUGCACAACUCGCGCAUGCUCCGCCAUCUCAGUCCCACCGUGUUCUCUCGCGUGCGUAGCUCCGAGUGCUCAUUGUAAUCAGCGCAGACGUUUAUCGCAAAAUAUCGUCGCAACCCUUCUACUCAUGCACUCUUCGAGGUCAAGAACAUGAAUAUUGUUAACGUCUUUUUAAACACGAUGUUUAAGAUUCUGUGCGUUUUUUUUAAAACACAAGUGGUUUUAUGUUUUGAGUCAUUACUUUAAAAAUGUCACGAAUACGUUUUGUAUUAAAAAAGGGGCAAACUUUUAAAGUGUUACAGGGCUGCUUCGAAACGCUCAUAAAAAUGGUUUUCAAUUUAGUUGUUUGAGAAGUAUGAAUUCUGUUUGCUGUUUAACGGCUCUUGAACUCAGAAUUGGUUCUAAAUGUGUACAUUGUGUUGUAUAGUACAGGUACUGUAUAGUACAGGUACUGUACAGUACAGGUACUGUACAGUACAUUACAGUACAUGUACAGUACAUGUACAUUACAGUUCUAUACAUGUAAAGUACGUAUUUUGGUUGCUCGGUAUGAAACGCAAUAUUUCCAUAAGUUUAUGGUCCCUAUCCAUUGUUUCUUAUGGGAGAAAUUGCCCCACUUUGCGUCGCAUUGGCAAUGUUUACGCUGCUAAGGCCCCUACCCCCCCCCCCCCCCC